AUGACACAGCUAAAAGAUAAGUUACGAGAACUGCGGGAGUUGACAGAAGCUUUAUAUCGAGAUUUUGGGCUCAAGUGCGAGUACACCCUCUCAGACACUAAGGACGCCUUGCUACCACCAGACUCAAAUAAUGCCCCCAAAGACGCUGACACUACCGGCUCCUCGGUGGACGAGAAUUCUGUGAUUGAGUCGACUUUCAAGACGAUCGAAAUCGACCCUUCAGACUCAAGCGAAGUUGACGAGUACCUUGUUCAAUGCUUUGAUGAAUUCCAGCAGAUCCCAUGCAAAUUGCUGGCAAAAGCGUGGAUACGACUCAUAGAGCCUAAGAAACAGAGCAGAUAUCCUUACAAGCUUGGAGAUCGGUCCAAGCCGUUGUGGUGGCCGGAGACUUGUCGCCAUAAGGAGCCAGACCACCUUCGCAAAGAAGAGCGGAUCGACCUGCUGGUAUGCAUAGUGAAGACUUUUAGGUUCCAAGCAAAAGACCUGAUCGCGACGGCAGAGUCUGUCGGAGAUUUCAGCAUAGCCCAUGGAGAACACACCAAAGUGAGCAGACUGAGCAGACGGAAGCUCGACAUACUUAUAGAGAUGUUCAAAGUUCUCAAUGCUGCCCCUGGUUCCGGACCCGUGAUCGUGAGCAAACCUGGCAAAAAAUACUCUAGCAAGGUUUAUACCAAAAAGGUGGUGCAACGCAAAUUGGAGUCCGAGCAGCGCGAAAAUGUUCCUCCUGAAAAGCACAGUCUUCCACCUAAAACUCCAUCGCCACGUAGGGUGCUUGGGGCGCCGCUGAUACCCUCAAAUAUGCGACAAACGUCGACCCCUGAGAUGAACUUCCAGAGUCACGAUUUUGGGCACGAGAACAUCGAGCCCAGCUUGGCAAGCCGAAACCCGCUCAGUCUCUUGACACCUAACAACUUCAAUCUGUUGCUCUUGUACGGGCCAUCGUCAACGGACUUUGGCGGGCUUUUCCAAGCCAACGAGAAUACGAGGUCCGCGCAGCGUGCGACGUAUUUCCAACGAGUAGACCAAUUCGAUAGCGACGAAACAGUUAGUGACUGUUGA